UCACUUCCUGUAUUUAAAAAUGGUGGACGUGAACGUCGCUGUGGAUGUUUGUUUUGUCGCCGUUGCUGCUCGUUGGUGAGGACCUGCUUCAUUAUGAAGCGCCUUCUGUCUCAGUCAUAGAAGAAGAAGAGUCCUUCUGUCUCCAAUCACUGGGCAUCCUAGGACAGAGCUGGCUCACCUGAGGAGCCCAUCUAACCACUUCCUCUCAGCUGCAUAUCAGCUGCCGCCCCGACAAACUACACCAUAGGAGACUGCUGAUGUUUCCACAGAGUCAAAGAAGUAAAAAGUUUUGACGAUGAGCAGCCGCAGAAGGAAGGCCCCUCCUGUGAGGGUGGACGAAGAAUCCAAAAGGAGGCUGGAAUGGAACAUGCUGGAGGACCGGAAGCAGGAAGCGCUCCAGGCAGACGACGAGACUCCGUCCUCCUCCUACCUUUCAGUGGGCCCUGCUGCCGGCUGCCCUUUCCUCUCUGCAGCCGAAGACGUCGGCGAGGCUGCCGGCGCUCGUUCGCUUCAGUUUCCGGACGAACUUCCGAGCGCGUCCUCGGAUGGCGCCUCUGCUUCCGCCUCUCUGGCGCUCUCUGUGGUCCCGGCUUUGAAGCUGGGCCACGUCUGGAAGGCGCUCCUCGGGGAGUUCAGCGUUAGGCCAGCUCUGCUGCCUUCGGACUACGAGCAGAAAUCUUUUACGUUGCACCGGGUGGGUGAGCAGCUCUGCCUGAGUUACAGCAGCUGUGACGAGAGCUCGGGGCUGCAGUGGAGCCCCGAGGACGACGGCUGUCCUGCCGAGUGCAGCCUCAGCAGGAUCCCAUUCGAGGACCUCAACUGGCUGCAGAAGAGGAGGGUGGUGCAGCUCUGCCACCAGACGAAGGAGCAGGAGCAGGAGAUUAAGGUGGGGAUUUAUUUGCUAGAAACCGGGCUGGGAAAACCAGACUUCCUCAGCGAGGGAAACGCUCGUCUGAAGAAAGCGAAUCAGCUGAUGCAGAAACUAAUGGAAUAUUUCUACGACUUCAUCAUUCCCGAACCUGUAGAGAACGAGGAGGAGGAGGAGUGUGACACGGACCUGGAGAGGCAAAACGUGGAGGAGCUCUAUGAUUACGUGAGGCACCAGCAUCAGAAAAAGAACCAGGAUGUAACGUAUGACGUCCAGGACCAGGUCCUUAUCCCCGUCCUGAGGCCGUAUCAGAGCCAGGCGGUCAACUGGAUGCUGAGGAGAGAGAAAUACAGAAUCGAUGCGCCUAAAGAGCACUCCUUGCAUCUCCUCUGGAGAGAGUUGGUGACUUUAUGUGGCAAGAAGUUGUUCUAUAAUCCUUUUACCGGCUGCUUAAUUCGAGAGUUCCCGCUGGCCGGUAUCGAGUGGCCCGGUGGGAUCCUGGCUGAUGAGAUGGGGCUCGGAAAAACUGUGGAGGUUUUGGCGCUCAUCCUGUUUCAUACUCGGCAGAAUCUGGAGCAGGAGGCCCUCACGUUGCCUGUGGGAAAAUCUGUGAAUUACUUUGUUCCUCCCCGUCCUUUAGAAGAGAAAGCGACACGCGUCAAGUCCGAAGCUCAGCCAAAAACCAAAACAUCCCACCCAACUGUGCGUGUGAUGCUACUAAAUGCUAUAAAGGAAAUGCGAACCGGCAAAGGAGCCUCCAUCAACGCCGUGUUCGCCUACAUCCGGGCCACUUACGGCUACGACCUCGCGAAGAACCGCAAUCACAUCAAGAAGACGCUGGCGAAGCUGAUAAGCGAAGGCAUGGUGGACCGCGUAAAGGGCCGAGGCUUGGCAGGCUCCUUCAGGCUGGGGAAGAACUACAAAGAGACAAAGAAAAUCUUGGCAGCAGCAUCCAAGUCUCUUUUCAAAACUGCAGAGAGCACGCCCAGGAAAACGUUCCAGAGACGAGCAAAAGAGAAAGCAGAGGCAGCGCUGCAACACUCCCUCUCAGACGACCCGAGAGAUCUGAGCCCCGCCUCUGACUGGUGCGAAACGGAAAGAAAGCAAUGGGAGGGAGGUUUGAACGAGGCAGAUGGCGUGAUGGAGUCUUUGCAGACAUCUCGGGGUAAAAAUGAGUCAGACACACAGGACGUUCCCAGGAUGGAUGAUCUGCCUGAAGAAAAAGGGGAAUCCUCACAGACAGAUUCCCAGGAUGAGACGGAAACCCCCACCAGAGCGUCUGUAGUCCCGUUCAACACCCUGGAUUAUCGCUUCGAGUGCAUUUGUGGAGAGCUGGGCGUUAUUGACUACAAGGCGCGUGUGCAGUGUAUGAACUGUCAGCUGUGGCAGCACGCAGACUGCGUAAACUAUAAGGAGGAAAGCCUUACGACAACCCCCUUCUACUGCCCUCACUGCCUGGUUGCUAUGAAGCCAGUGUCCACUGGUGCCACGCUCAUCAUUUCCCCCAGCUCCAUCUGCCACCAGUGGGUGGAAGAGAUCAACCGGCACAUCAGAUCCUCCUCCCUGCGGGUCCUGGUAUACCAGGGGGUGAAGAAGCACGGGUUCAUCCAGCCUCGUAUGCUCGCCGAGCAGGACGUGGUCAUCACCACCUACGACGUGCUUCGCUCCGAGCUCAACUACGUCGACAUUCCUCACAGCAACAGCAAAGACGGCCGGCGCUUCCGCAACCAGAAGCGCUACAUGGCGGUUCCCAGCCCCCUGGUGGCUGUGGAGUGGUGGCGCAUCUGCCUGGACGAGGCCCAGAUGAUCGAGUGUCCCACCGCCAAGGCUGCAGAAAUGGCUCUCCGUCUCGCCUCUGUCAACCGAUGGUGCGUCAGUGGCACUCCCGUCCAAAGAGGCUUAGAAGAUCUGUACGGCCUGAUGCUUUUCCUCGGCGUGGAUCCAUACUGGGUUAAACACUGGUGGGACCGACUGCUUUAUCGCCCUUACCGCCGCGGAAACACGGAGCCUCUCUACCAUGUGAUUGCUCAGAUAUUGUGGCGGUCGGCCAAAAAGGAUGUCAUUGAUCAGAUUCAGAUUCCCCCUCAGACAGAGGAGGUGCACUGGCUUCACUUUUCUCCCGUUGAGGGUCACUUCUACCACCGCCAGCACGAGGUCUGCUCCCAGGAUGCUUUGGUCAAACUCAGGAAAAUCUCCGACUGGAGCCUGAAGCUGGGCAGCCUCGACCGCCGCACCGUCAACACCAUCCUGUACCCCCUGCUGAGGCUGCGCCAGGCCUGCUGCCAUCCGCAGGCGGUGAGGGGGGAGUUCCUGCCCCUGCAGAAAAGCACCAUGACAAUGGAGGAGCUCCUCAAGUCCUUGCAGAAGAAAUGUCGAGUGGAGUGCGAAGAGGCCCACAGGCAGCUGGUGUGCGCACUCAAUGGUUUGGCUGGCAUCCACAUCAUCAGAGGUGAGUUUGUAGAGGCUGUGGAGAUGUAUAGAGAAGUUCUGCGUUCAUCGGAGGAGCACAAAGGCCGGCUGAAAACGGAUUCAUUACAGAGGCUGCAUGCCACCCACAACUUAAUGGAGCUGCUCAGUGCAAAGCAUCCUGGGAUCCCUCCAACGCUCAGAGACGACAGACUCGGCGAAGAGGCCGAGCAGCUGCGGCAGCAUUACAUGACCAAGUAUGACUCGGAGGUGGCCGACGCCCAUCAGGCCCUGCAGCCUGUGCUGCAGAACAUCAAAGAGCUGAAGCGGAAAGUGAACUUGAACUCCCCCUGGUGGUUGGAAGUCAUCCAGAGGACAAGCCGCUGUUCCACUGAUGAAGAUCUGGUGUCCCGUGUGAAGAACGAGCUAACGUCGAGCUACAAGCAGCAGUCCAACAAGCUCUCCAUGGCGGACAAGUUCCGGGAUGCUUGUGGCCUGCAGUUCCUGCUCACCACACAGAUGCAGGACCUGAUGAAGUCACAAAAGACUGUGCGGGAUGCAGUGAAGAGCCUGGAGGGCCCGGCUUCUAAGGAAGUGAUAGAAGAAGCCACCAUUUGCCACCUUAGGCCGAUGCGACUGCCUCUCAAUAACUGUGUGUUUUGUAAAGCAGACGAGCUUUUCACUGAUUAUGAGUCCAAGUUGUUUGCUCACACGGUGAAAGGCCAGACGGCCAUCUUUGAAGAGAUGAUCGAGGAUGAGGAGGGCCUGGUGGACGACCGCCUCCCCACCACCAGCCGCGGCCUGUGGGCGGCCAGCGAGACCGAGCGCACUCUGAAGGCCAUCCUGUCUUUCGCCAAAGCUAAACGCAUGGACCCGGAGAUGGUGGAGGAGGGCAACACUUUCAUGGAGCUGUUUGAGAACUGGAAGAAGGAGUAUAAAGUGUUGCAUGAGUACUGGAUGGUGCUGCGUAAUCAUGUGUCGGCCAUUGAUGAGUUGGGCAUGGCUACUGAACGGCUGCGUGUUCGUCUGCCUGAUGAGCCAAAGCCCAAACUGCUGCACAUUAUCGAACCGCACGAAGUGGAGCAAAACCGAGUGAAACUCCUCAACGACCAGGCCGUGGCCAAGUCUCAACUCCAAAAGAAGCUUGGACAGUUCCUCUAUCUAACUAAUUUGGAAAAGUCACAGGACAAGUCCACAGGAGGGCUGAACCCAGAGCCGUGCCCCAUCUGCGCUCGACCCCUGGGACAGGAGUGGGCUGUGUUGACUUGCGGCCACUGCUUUUGUAACGAGUGCAUCGCCAUCAUCGUGGAGCAGUACAGCGUGGGCUCAAGGCGGCGUGCCAUCAAGUGUGCCAUUUGUAGGCAGACGACUUCCCACACAGAGAUCUCCUACGUAUUCACUACCCAGUCGUCCUGCCACGACCAAGACAUACCCGUCAAGGGAAGCCACUCUACCAAAGUGGAGGCAGUUGUGAGGACAUUAAAGAAGAUUCAGAUGAAUGAUCCCGGAGCCAAGUGUCUUGUCUUUUCAACAUGGCUGAGUGUCCUGGACAUCAUCGCCAAGGCCUUGCUGGACAAUAACUUGGAGUUUUCACAAAUCAAUGGAAUUCAUAAAUUUCAGGAGAACCUUAGUUCCUUCAAGUACGAUGAGAAGAUCAACAUUCUGCUCCUCCCUCUCCACACGGGCUCCAACGGGCUGAAUAUCAUCGAAGCGACCCACGUGUUGCUGGUCGAACCGAUCCUCAACCCAGCCCACGAACUCCAGGCCAUUGGGAGGGUGCACCGGAUUGGCCAAACAAAGCCCACGUUUGUACACAGGUUCCUGAUCAAAUCCACCAUCGAGGAGAGAAUGCAAGCGAUGCUGAAGACAGCGGAAAAGAGUCACACCAGCACAGCCAUGAAGCAUUCUGAGGCUGCCGUCCUGACAGUAGCUGACCUGGCCGAUCUGUUUACCGAGGACACUGAACAUCUGGAGUGAUCCCGCACGGCGACGCACUCCCGAAGGGAGAUCAGCUGCAGGGGAGAGCAAUAACAGUACUUUGAUUUUGCACAUUCCCUUUUUAAAAAAAAAAAAAUAUGUGAGCAUCUUCACGUGUAAAAUGCAUUUCCAUGAAUAUAAUAGUUUUUUUAGCCAAUCACUGACAACAAGUAACAUAUUUGCCAAAUUUAUUUAAUGUCAGACUUUACUGCAAGUCAAUUGUUGUUCUAAAUAGUCUCGACUGUUUUUACCCAUGUUGGAUUGUAACAUUUGACCAGGCUGUACAGCAUUGUUGUUUGUGCCUCUCCGGUAUAUUUACUGUCUGUGCAUUUAUAUACAAUCUCUCUGUAUGGCCACAAUAAAGGCUCGUUCAGGGGAAAAUACAGCAUUCAGGAAAUAAAACUGUCAAUGAAAGAAUG